UAUAUGAAAUUUGCAUUCGACUUUAUUUUCUAUACGUCGUUCUACGCUGGUACUACAUGUCUGUCGUUCGCGCGUUUAAAUAUUUGAAUGAUUCGUGCAAAUAUAGAAUAGCGAUGAAUGAAGCUUGAAAACACCGUUUCGUAGUGACGUAAAGGAACACCGGCGAAACGCGUCAUCGAAAGAUGACUGCUUUAUUGACUAGUUUUUCGAAGCCCUACGAAUUGUCGAACUGAUUUAGUUAGUGCGGCACUUGAUAAGGAAGGAUUCGUCUGUAACGCGUCACUCUGACAAGAAUUCGUGUCAAAUAUGGUUGAAAGAGAGCAAACGAAAAAGGAUAUAAAAGAAUUGGCAAAAAAUGACAAGUAUUCGAUAUUACUUCCAACGUACAACGAAGUCGAGAAUUUACCCAUAAUCGUUUGGCUGAUCGUCAAGUAUAUGGACGAGAGUGAACUUGAUUAUGAAAUAAUCGUGAUAGACGAUGGUUCUCCAGAUGGGACAUUGGAUAUGGCUAAACAGCUACAAAAUGUGUACGGAGAGAACAAAAUAGUCUUGAAACCGAGGGAAAAGAAGCUUGGACUGGGCACGGCUUAUAUGCAUGGGAUUAAACAUGCUACGGGAAACUUCAUUGUCAUUAUGGAUUCAGAUUUGUCCCAUCAUCCCAAAUUUAUACCAAAAAUGAUAGAGCAACAGAGGUAUCUGGAUCUAGAUAUUGUUAGUGGUACCAGGUAUGCACAUGGUGGAGGAGUUUAUGGCUGGGAUUUCAAGAGAAAAUUAAUAAGCAGAGGAGCAAAUUUCCUAACGCAACUAUUAUUGAGACCAGGUGCCAGUGAUCUCACAGGCAGUUUUAGGCUAUAUAAAAAGGAUGUGUUAGAGAAGCUCAUUCAAUCCUGCAUAUCAAAGGGGUAUGUCUUCCAGAUGGAAAUGAUCGUAAGGGCCAGACAAUUCAAAUACACCAUAGGAGAAGUUCCAAUUACGUUUAUCGAUCGUAUUUAUGGGGAAUCAAAGCUGGGAAGUUCGGAAAUUAUUCAAUUCGCGAAAGGUCUUCUGUAUCUUUUCGGAACUACGUAAUACAACGUA